AUGCCUCAGCCUUUUCAAGAACCUCAGGAAUCGACUCCUUCAUGUAAUCCUAAAAAUAUUAUUGAAUCAAAUUUUGUUGUUGUUUACUUUGAUAUAGAAACAACUUCAUUAGCAUUAACAGCUGGUAUUCUACAGAUUGCAGCAAAGUCUCAUGACCUUGAAUUCAGCGUCUAUUUAAAUCCAACUCAAGCUAUCUCACCAGAUGCAUCAAAGAUUACAGGCUUGACAAUUGUUGGAGAUGAUUUAUAUUUACACAAUACACGACUCGAUAACACACUUGAUUUGUAUGAUGCUUUCAUUGCCUUCGCAGAAUUUCUUUAUAAAAUGGAAAAACCUGUACUACUCGUUGCUCACAAUGCUACAUUUGAUACCCAGAGAAUACUAAGAGCUAUCAUUGAAAAUAGUUUGAGCUCUUACUUUGAUAUGAUAAUUGGAUUCGUCGAUACCAUUCCUAUUUUAAAAAAAUCUUUUCCUGAAAGAAAAGGUCCCAAAGCAUUCAAGUUGGCUAGCUUAGCAAACGAUUUAUUAGGAACAAAUACAGAGGAUGGUUUCCAUGAAGCUCUGUUCGACGUUGUUAUAUUAGAAAAGUUAGUUUUGCAUAUUAAUAAACAAGAUGAACUUAUAAAGUAUUUGAAACCAUAUGACAAAUGUUAUCGAAAGCAAUCAGAAUAUGAUUUCAUUCAAAAUAAUAUGAAAUAUCUAGAAAGUCUAAGACAAGUUGUUUCAAGAGAAUUACAAGUAAGAAUGGUACGAGCUGGUUUCUCGCGCAGUUUUUUACUAAAAAAAUUAAAAGAAGAAGGAGAAAAAUAUGUAUUAGAUCUGUUAUCAGAAAAAAUGGCAGAUGGCAAACCAAAAAUUACCAAAAAUAACAAGGCUUUAACCAAAAUAAUGAAUGAUUUAAAAAAGUAA